AUGGCAGAUGGCAUCAGGGGAUGUUGGGGACUGGGCGUGCCUGCCAUUCAAGUAGAUGUGACUGCUGAGGCGCUAGUUAUACUUAUCCUGACGAAGCUGUACGACUUCAACCUGGGGAGCGUGACUGAGAGCUCACUCUGGAGAUCAACAGACUAUGGCACCACCUAUGAAAAGCUGAAUGACAAAGUAGGUUUGAAGACUGUCCUCAGUUAUCUCUACGUCAAUCCCACCAACAAAAGGAAGAUCAUGCUUCUUAGUGAUCCUGAAAUGGAGAGCAGCUUACUGAUCAGCUCAGAUGAGGGGGCCACCUAUCAGAAGUACCGGCUCACCUUCUACAUCCAGAGUCUGCUCUUCCAUCCCAAGCAGGAAGACUGGGUGCUGGCCUACAGUCUGGAUCAAAAGCUGUACAGCUCCAUGGACUUUGGAAGACGGUGGCAACUCGUUCAUGAACGCAUCACACCCAACAGGUUUUACUGGUCGGUGGCCGGAUUGGAUAAGGAGGCGGACCUGGUGCACAUGGAGGUGCGGACUGCAGAUGGAUAUGCUCACUACCUCACCUGCAGGAUCCAGGAAUGUGCUGAGACCACUCGGAGUGGGCCUUUUGUCCGCUCCAUUGACAUCAGUUCCCUGGUUGUUCAGGAUGAAUAUAUCUUCAUUCAGGUAACAACUGGUGGAAGAGCCAGCUACUACGUGUCCUACCAAAGAGAGGCCUUCGCCCAGAUAAAGCUGCCCAAGUACUCACUGCCCAAGGACAUGCACAUCAUCAGUACCGAUGAGAACCAAGUGUUUGCAGCCGUCCAAGAAUGGAACCAGAAUGACACGUACAACCUCUACAUCUCAGACACGCGUGGCAUCUACUUCACCCUGGCCAUGGAGAACAUUAAGAGUAGCCGAGGUCUAAUGGGAAACAUUAUUAUUGAAUUGUAUGAGGUAGCAGGUAUCAAAGGGAUAUUCUUGGCAAACAAGAAGGUGGAUGAGCAAGUGAAGACAUACAUCACUUACAACAAGGGCAGAGAUUGGCGCCUACUUCAAGCUCCAGAUGUGGACCUGAGAGGAAGUCCGGUACACUGCCUGCUGCCCUUCUGCUCCUUACACCUGCACUUGGAGAUCUCUGAAAAUCCGUAUUCCUCAGGAAGAAUCUCCAGUAAGGAGACAGCCCCGGGGCUUGUGGUGGCUACAGGCAACAUUGGCCCGGAGCUCUCAUAUACUGAUAUUGGUGUGUUCAUCUCUUCUGAUGGGGGCAACACAUGGCGACAGAUCUUUGAUGAAGAGUACAAUGUCUGGUUCCUAGACUGGGGUGGCGCCCUCGUGGCCAUGAAACACACACCUCUGCCAGUCAGGCAUUUGUGGGUGAGUUUUGACGAGGGCCACUCCUGGGACAAGUAUGGUUUCACUUCGGUUCCUCUCUUUGUUGACGGGGCUCUGGUGGAGGCGGGAGUGGAGACCCAAAUCAUGACAGUUUUCGGCCACUUCAGCCUCCGUUCUGAAUGGCAGUUGGUGAAAGUGGACUACAAAUCUAUCUUCAGCCGACGCUGCACCAAGGAAGACUAUCAGACCUGGCACCUGCUCAAUCAGGGGGAGCCUUGCGUCAUGGGAGAAAGAAAAAUAUUCAAGAAACGCAAGCCAGGAGCUCAGUGUGCCCUGGGUCGAGAUUCCUCAGGGACAGUGGUUUCAGAGCCCUGUGUCUGUGCUGACUGGGACUUUGAAUGUGACUACGGCUAUGAGAGACACGGAGAGAGCCAGUGUGUCCCAGCUUUCUGGUACAACCCAGCAUCCCCAUCAAAGGACUGCAGCCUUGGUCAAAGCUACCUUAACAGCACUGGGUACCGGAGAAUUGUAUCUAACAACUGCACGGACGGGCUGAGGGAGAAGUACACGGCCAAGGCCCAGAUGUGUCCCGGAAAAGCCCCUCGAGGCCUGCAUGUGGUGACAACCGACGGGCGCCUAGUAGCAGAGCAGGGGCAUAAUGCGACCUUCAUCAUUCUCAUGGAGGAGGGUGAUCUCCAAAGGACAAACAUCCAGCUUGACUUUGGGGAUGGGAUUGCAGUGUCCUAUGCUAACUUCAGCCCCAUCGAGGAUGGCAUCAAGCACGUGUACAAGAGUGCAGGCAUCUUCCAGGUGACGGCCUAUGCAGAGAACAACCUGGGCUCAGACACAGCUGUCCUCUUCCUGCACGUGGUUUGUCCCGUGGAGCAUGUUCAUCUCCGAGUUCCAUUUGUUGCUAUAAGAAAUAAGGAGGUCAACAUCAGUGCGGUUGUGUGGCCCAGUCAGCUGGGGACCCUCACCUAUUUCUGGUGGUUUGGCAAUAGCACAAAGCCCCUCAUCACCCUGGAUAGCAGCAUUUCCUUCACCUUCCUGGCAGAGGGAACCAACAGCAUCACUGUCCAGGUGGCUGCUGGAAAUGCCCUUAUUCAGGACACGAAAGAUAUCGCUGUUCAUGAAUACUUCCAGUCCCAACUGUUGUCCUUCUCUCCAAACCUGGAUUACCACAACCCUGACAUUCCUGAGUGGAGGCAAGAUAUUGGCAAUGUCAUCAAGAGAGCUCUGGUUAAAGUAACCGGUGUCCCGGAAGACCAGAUCCUAGUUGCCGUGUUCCCUGGUCUCCCCACUUCGGCAGAGCUCUUCAUCCUUCCCCCCAAGAACUUGACGGAGAGGAGGAAAGGCAAUGAAGAGGACCUGGAACAAAUUGUAGAGAUGCUGUUUAAUGCUCUAAACCAAAACUUGGUUCAGUUUGAGCUGAAGCCAGGGGUUCAAGUCAUUGUGUAUGUCACACAACUGACAUUAGCUCCAUUGGUGGACUCCAGUGCCGGGCACAGCAGCUCAGCCAUGCUUAUGCUCUUGUCAGUGGUGUUUGUCGGCCUGGCUGUAUUUUUGAUCUACAAGUUUAAAAGGAAAAUCCCCUGGAUUAACAUCUAUGCUCAAGUCCAACACGACAAGGAGCAGGAGAUGAUUGGGUCAGUGAGCCAAAGUGAAAACGCCCCCAAAAUCACACUCAGUGACUUCACCGAGCCUGAGGAACUGCUGGACAAAGAGCUGGACACCCGGGUCAUAGGAGGCAUUGCCACCAUUGCAAACAGCGAAAGCACAAAGGAGAUCCCCAACUGCACUAGUGUUUAAUAUCCACAAGUCACGUGGUCAACCAUCUUUCUGACCUUAUUUUUGAUGAUUACUAUUACUCUUGUUAUGGAAAAAUGAAAAUGGCUUUUUUACCUUUUGUUUACCAAGGGCCCCUUCAUAAAGAGCAGGCAGAUGCUUAUUAGCUGUGGGAGGCAAAGGCGUUCUUAGCUGAUUAAAAUGAGACAAAAAGAAUAAAUGGCCGUAUUUGUGCGGAGGGCAAAGGAUGCAUCUUCCCGUGGCCUCCUCGGCUUUACUCUGCCGCUGACAGUGUGAGGACUCUUUUUACUGUGGUCUCCUUUGUCGUUUAUUUGUUUUUGGGGUUUUUUGUUUUUGUUUUUGUUAAGUUGGGUUGGCUUUUCAUUAACCUCCCAUGUCCUGCUUCCCACCCCCACAAUCACCAACACCCUCCCCCCACCCCCAGCACACACCCCUAGAACACAAACCAUUCCCCAGUUAGAUCUGCAGGAGGUGGGUUGGUGGGGAGUGAAAGUAGCUGCAGAAAGCGUGCACAUCUUUACGAAAGAGGCCCUGCCUCGUGCAUGUCGAUAGCGAGGCUACAGGUGGCUUCUUGUAUAUAAUUACAGUGUAAAUAGCUUUUUAUUUCCUAAGAAAUAAUUUAAUGUUUAGUAAAAAAGAAAACCGAAAAAAGAAAGAUGCGUGUGUUGGCUUAUGCACUCACCGUCCGAGCUGACCAACCCCCAGGCCUGCUAGAUGUGUUGGGUUCUGGAUGCUUUCCAGUUGUCUGUCACACUUAACUCUUGAAUCUCUGUGUCCAUGCAUAGCUGGUUUCUACCUAUGUAUAUAAAGGGGGGGAGGGCGGGACGGGGAGGGCUUCUUUGGGACAAUUAGUAAAGGAAGGACUAGAGUGACAUCCUAGAACAACGAGGGUCUUUCUGUUCCAUCAGUGACGUGGAAGAAGUUGCACGAUGAAGCCCACCAGAGACUUCUAACUGAGACCCAGGUGGGGAAACAAGGCUUCCCCUCCAAAAGGAAAGCAUUGAGGGUACUUACCAGCCGGAGAAGGUGGUUUUCCCUGAAGAAGCUAGGCCACAGAUCUAAGAGGAACAGUCUUUGUGCUUUCUGGUCAGAUUCCAUGGAAAUGUAUAAUGCUUAUGGAGAAUUCCUGGGCUACUUUUAGCUCAGAAAAGCCCCUGAGCACUAGGUUAGGCCUAGCGAGCGCGUCUUGCCACAGGAGUCCAAGAGGCUGGGAGGGAUGUGGCAUUUGUGGCAUCAUGAGUCCAUGUAAGCCCUGCAGGCCAAAUAGGGGGCUAGCCUUUAAUGAUAUUAGUCAAAGAUGAUUUUAGCAAAGCUGUGCUAUUUGCUUGUCAGAUGUACACAACUUCCUUAAAGUCAAAUGUCUGCCUUCAGUUCCCUUAAGAUAGUUCUUGCCUCUGGGGCGAGUGGCUUUCAAAGCCAGCUUCUCCUUUCCAGCACCCCUGCCCCUUCAUGCAUUCAUACACACUACUUCUUUUCCGUAGGGUCACUUUAAGCCAUGCCGUAAGCAUUGUUUUCUUUUCGGGCUCAGCCUGAGUCUACUUGUUUUAAAAAAUGAUAUACUGUAUAUAUACACGAGGAAAGGCCGGAGUUUGUACCUGUUAAUUUUUGUGAGCUAUUGUUCACAUUCUUCUCUGUGAGACCCCGAGAGAAUGUGACCUAGAGAGAUCUGACUGGCUACAGCAUAGAUGAGGAUAAGGAGCGUUUCUAAAGAUCCUGCUUUUUUGUUUCAAGGGUUAAAUGGGGCAGACAAUUGCAAUACUUGUACUAAAUACUGGAAUACAAAUGCAUGAGUCAUGUCUAUAUAUACAGUAUAUGUAUAUAUACUGUUCUUGAUUUUAUUGUUCCAU